CUAUUGAGGCGAAUUAAUAACACAGGAAGAGUACAUUUCCAGUAUUGAUAUCCGUAUGUACAGCUAGCAAUCCGGUUUUAAAUAUAUAGUUCAUAGGCACUUGCUACCGAUGCUAAGUACAUAUAAACUAAAACAAAGCUAAUCUAUUGAUGUUAUUUACAGUUUAGCUUUGGCUAAAGCAGGUUCUAAGUAACAUCGUGUCGUGACUUCAAUUAAUUGCAACUGGUUUAGAAAAAUAAUCACAAUAAAAUCUCAGUACACAAGAUGUAUAAGUAUUAUAUGUUAAUUAUCGUAUUGCAUACGCUAUACGAGACGGCUUUGGGUGUCCAGCUGCCUGAGGACAUCAAGAAAUGCCAUUUUGGGGACUCAAGGUGUCUUGUAGGCAGCAUCAAUGACUUGAUCAAGCGUUAUCCCAAGGGCAUACCGGAGAUUGGGCUGCCGCCGCUGGAUGCCACCCGGCUGGAGGAUGUCGCGAUUCUGGACAAGCCCAAUGAUGGUGCCGUUUGGUUCACCUUUCAUACGCGCAACAAUGUCAAUAGGGGCUUCAAUAAUGCGACCAUUACCCAUGUGGAUGGCUUCAACAGAGAUCCGACCAAAAACAUAAUGACCAUUGAGGCGCAAAUACCCAGUCUCAUCCACGAGGCAACAUAUGAUAUGCUGGGUCGCUAUCUGUUGUUUGUGGCGAAUACGACGGGCCAAUUGAAAUCCGAUUUUCAGAAUUUUCAAUUGAAACUGACUAUAAAGGGUAUACUGGAAUAUCGGAACAACAAACGCUAUUUGAACAUCUAUGAACUAAAGCCAAAAGUUGAACUGGAUCGCUGGAUAGUUUGGUUUGAUAACUUAUAUAAGGAAAAUACGGAUCUUACAAUUGCAGUCAAUCGAGCCUUCAACGAAAAUUGGCUAGAGUUCUGGAACGGCCUCGAACCCGGACUAAUGAAAUCCUUUGCCCAAUGCUUUACGGGCAUGCUGAAUAAGUUCUUUGAAAAUGUGGCCUAUGACGACAUGUUUUUGCCAGACGCCGACGGUGAACACGAAUGAAUAAAUAAUUGCAUACAAUUUA